GUCAGCAUCCCCCCGCAUCCAACAUGGCCCGCAAGUACGUGAUCGGCGGCAACUGGAAGAGCAACGGAACCCAAGCUUCGGUGGCGUCGCUGAUUGAAAUGCUCAACGGCGUGACGGUCGACAACGAGUCUGUUGAGGUCGUGAUUGCUCCCCCUGCGAUCUACCUUGCCACCGCCAAGGCCCAACUCAAGCCAGAAAUCCAAGUGAGCGCCCAGAACGUCAGCUUGACUGGUCCCGGCGCAUACACGGGUGAAAUCGCUGCCGAACACCUUGUCGAUUUGGGCAUUCAGUGGACGUUGACGGGACAUUCGGAACGCCGCGCGCUGUACGGCGAGACGGACUUUGUCGUUGCGGAAAAGACCAAGCGGGCGUUAGACAAGGGGUUGAAUGUGAUUGUGUGUGUGGGUGAAACGUUGGAAGAACGCAAGGCGGAUCAAACCUUGAACGUGAUCACGCGCCAGUUGAAGGCCGUCGCGGAUUUGCUGUCGAACGACUUGAGCCAGUGGAGCCGUAUCGUUGUUGCGUACGAACCCGUUUGGGCCAUUGGCACCGGUGUGGUUGCCACCCCCGAGCAAGCUCAAGAUGCGCACAAGAACCUCCGCGCGUACGUCACGAGCCAUAUCAACCCUGAAGUCGCGAGUGAAUUGCGCAUUAUCUACGGCGGGUCGGUGAACGCCAAGAACUCGGCGGAGCUCAUUGCGUUGCAUGACGUGGACGGAUUUCUCGUCGGCGGCGCGUCGCUCAAGCCCGAAUUUGUCGACAUUAUUCAAAGCGCGCAAUAAACAUUCUAUUUCUACCUCGAUAUCUAACCAC